CCCACACGACUCUGCGGCUGUUGCUGGCACGCACGUGUUGGCCAUAAACUAAAAUGAAAUACGAGCAUCUGUUUAGGAAACAUUGUACAACAACAACAGCAACAACAACAAAAUUAUGCGUCCCAUUGGCGCCCAUUUAUAAGUUGAGCAACUUUUUUUGCUACGCUUAGGUCAAACUGUGCAAAGGGAAAUCUCAACUGGAGUUUGCCGUUGACAAAAGUGCUGCACCGAGAUUGAAGUCAACAAUCCAUUGGCACCGGUUGUGCGGGAGCACCAAUGAAGACAGCCGGAGGCAGCAUGCCGAUGUCAGGUCACCGCAGUCAGGCGCACCAAUUGCGGUAAUUGAGCUAAUGACUAAAUAAGGCGGAUGGUCCAGCUGGAUACAAAGCCAGUCCUUAGCACAAGACACGGACACACAUCACGCAUACGCAGCGUGCCACAUGCAAUAUUUAUCUGCAGCAGCAGCAGCAGCAGCAUCAGCUGCAGCAACCUUCGGCCCGUAGAAAAACUCGUAAAUUUGGCAUAAACCCUACACAAAGAGCCGGAGUCGUAGCCGUAGCCGUAGUCGUUGCCGACAUGGAGACCAUUAUGUCAACAUUUCCUACGCUGACAUCGGACGAUGGCAGCCUCUGGAUAACAAGCGCCCUCUCCGAGAUGUUCACCAGCAGCAGCAGCAACAGCACAGCGGCAACAACAACAACAGUCGCAGCGGCAGCGGCAGCUGCAAAUGCUUCAACAGCAGCCACGGCGAAUGUUACCAAAGUUCAUGACAAGCAUUCGCAUGCUGUGAAUGACAGCGAGACAGAUCUGAGCUCAUAUCCCGGCUAUAUACACUAUCGCGACAAAUACGAUCUGGACUAUAUAGCAAAGGUGAAUCCGUUUUGGCUGCAAUUCGAACCACCUGGCACUAGCUCGUUUUAUAUUAUGGCCGGACUUUACUGCCUCAUCUCGGUGGUGGGCUGCUUUGGCAAUGCGUUUGUCAUCUUCAUGUUUGGCAGCCGCAAAUCGUUGCGUACACCGGCCAAUAUACUGGUCAUGAAUCUGGCCAUAUGCGAUUUCCUGAUGCUGAUCAAGUGCCCGAUUGCCAUCUACAAUAACAUACAAGAGGGUCCGGCCCUGGGCGACAUGGCCUGUCGCAUCUAUGGAUUUGUGGGCGGACUCAGCGGCACCUGCGCCAUUGGAACACUGACGGCCAUCGCUCUGGAUCGCUAUAAUGUGGUGGUGCAUCCGCUGCAGCCGCUGCGCCGCUAUUCGCGGCUGCGAUCCUAUCUGAUCAUCAUACUGAUCUGGUGCUAUAGUUUUCUUUUUGCCGUGAUGCCCGCCCUGGAUGUGGGUCUGUCUGUCUAUGUGCCGGAGGGCUAUCUGACGACCUGCAGCUUUGACUAUCUCAACAAGGAGACGCCGGCGCGCAUCUUUAUGGCACUCUUCUUUGUGGCCGCCUACUGCAUACCUUUGAUCUCGAUUGUCUACUCCUACUUCUACAUACUGAAGGUGGUCUUCAUGGCGAAUCGCAUACAGUCCAACAAGGACAAGGCCAAAACCGAGCAGAAACUCACGUUUAUAGUGGCUGCCAUUAUUGGCCUGUGGUUCAUUGCCUGGUCGCCCUACGCAAUUGUCGCCAUGAUGGGCGUCUUUGGCCAGGAACAGCAUAUCACGCCGCUGGGCUCCAUGAUACCUGCGCUCUUUUGCAAAACGGCCGCUUGUGUGGAUCCCUAUCUGUAUGCCGCUACGCAUCCCAGAUUUCGUGUUGAGGUUCGUAUGCUCAUGUAUGGGCGUGGCGCUUUGCGGCGCGUGUCCACCACACGCUCCACCUAUAUGACACGCUCCUUCACGCACCGCAUGCGCCACACAUCCGGCGAUGGCGAGAACCGCGCUGAUCCCUACACUUUGAACAAUAACCUGAUGAUGGUGCCCGAGGAAACGGAGGAGAACGACGAGAUAAUCGUUGUGGCCGAAAUCAAUAAUUCCACCUCCAUAGCUAUGGAACAGAGUAAGUUCUAGAGCAACUUACCAUAUCCAUUAGUUGGCGGCCGAAAGAGGUAAUGAAUAUUUUUUUACUACUUUUAUUAAUAAUACUAUGUAGAGAGAGGGGGGAGAGUGGAAGGGAGACAGGGCAAAACGUGAUCAAAUGUAGAAUAGUAUAUGACCGUAAACA